CCGACGCUGUAGGAGCGACCAGUGACGAACACCCGUCAAACCUCCAACCUCAAAAGUCAGCUUCCAGACAACAAUUUGCGACCACGACGCAAGCAACACCUCGAAUUCACCGGCCACGUCUCUAGCUGCGAUAAUCUCAAAACAAUCAUCAACAUGGAUGGCCUCAGCCAAAGCGAGAUGCGCGAGCUCGAGCAGCGCAUGCAGAAACGCCAGGUGAAGGAGUUUAUGAACGUCUUUGGCAACCUCGUCGACCACUGCUUCAUGUCGUGCGUCGACGACUUCACGACCAAGACGCUCAACAGCCGCGAGGGCGGGUGCGUGUCGCGCUGCGUGCAGAAGCAGAUGGCCCUGACGCAGCGCCUGAGCGAGCGCUUCCAGGAGCAGAACCAGGCCAUGAUGGGUGCCGCGCAGCAGCGAUAGAGAGAGAGAAAAGACAAGGAGGAAAAUAACAAACACCUCAGAGGAGAGGACGAGCGGAUGGGGGGG